AUGAGGGUGUACCUGGAUCUAAACUUCACAAGUUUAGAGGCGGUGUAUGAGAACACGACUAAAGGAAGGGACCCGAAACAUUUGAUUGAGGACGUAGUAGAAGAAAACGCUAACGAAUUCGAUCCACACGCUUCGUUCUACGACGGUAACGAAGAGUUCCCCUCAAGGACUGAAGCAAACUGUGCUCCAGGUGACCAAACAGCUCUAGUCCUUGCACCACCCACAAGAUUUCACACGAUGGCUGUAGUUCCAGGAGACUUGAAUAAGAUCUCAAUGAAAAGACGCUCUGAAAAUUACAGAACAACAAAACCAUUUUCUUUUGCUAACAAUUUUUUUCAGCUACCACCUGGUCCCUUGGAUAAUAACGACAAGGUGUUCGACGAUCACAUGUUCAAACUAGGACUAUCGCUUUCCGUGCUAAUCUUCCUAUUUCUCUUAGAAGCCCAUCACUACACUCCUUUGAUGAGUGCUCGACAACUUUACAUAACUUAUCUCUCAACUGCUAUUUGUCUCGACCUCGUCGACAAUAUCUACUUUCUCGACCUCCUUUGGCAAUCGUUCAAAGACGGUUGGAAUCUACCCCUUUGGCUUGAUGUGAUCAUACUGACGGUGGCAUCGGUAAACUUUGUCAUGCCAACUUUUGCCCUACUCAAGCUGCGCUUUGGAAGAUAUCCACGAUUUCUUUAUAUCAGUGACAAAAUCUGGAGUUUAAUCUACGUGUUGAUCGUUAAUCUCCCCUUCCUUGGCCUUCGCAUUUAUCUAUAUGUACUUCUCGAAGUGCAACAGAGCGGAAGGCACUACGACUUCAGCCUAUUCGCAGUCAAGAAUGUGGCGGUAAUCUAUCUAGCAAUGCGAGAACUUUGGACAAGAUUACAGUACUGGAGAAUGAAGCGAAAGGCCACAGGGUCGCGAGGCGAA